CACGAUUUUACGAGCACGGCGCCACUUGCUUUCUCCGCUCAUCCUUGUUUUACUCGCUCACAAACACAAUCGCACGGUUUACCAAUUUGUCUGUGAAAGUGAAAUAUAUAUCUUCUUGCAACUUUGGGAAUUUUGACGAGAAUUUUUGGUAUUCACCAAGGCAAGUACAAGCAUUGGUGAAAAAAUGCGGGGAGGAUCUCUCAUAAGAAUUGUGAGUCGCUGUCUCUACACUGGAGUGGGAGCUGGGCGUCAGCGGCUGGCCCCACAAAUCUCGGUUGUCGCCCAUGCGGCGAAAACUACUAAAAAGCGAAGUGCUUUGUGGUGGACGGCGGUCGGAUUUGGUGCUGGAGCUGCGAUAGGAAUAGCGGCCGGGUAUGAUCAAAUUAGAAAAGCCCGAACCACUGUUGCCAACACGGAAGAACAAGGUCCAAUUUUGCUCCAAGAAAUGCCAAAUGUUCAAGCUUCACGAUCUAUAAAGUUUGCUACGGAUGUUUCUGGCCUAAAAAUUACCUUGUUUCAGUACCAAACUUGCCCAUUUUGCUGUAAGGUACGAGCAAUGUUGGAUUAUUUUGGAAUCUCGUACGAUAUUGUGGAAGUUAAUUCCAUCAAGAGGACACAAACCAAAUGGUCAAAAACGUACAAGAAGGUUCCUAUUCUAGUUGUGCAAACGCCACAAGGGGAAAUACUUCAACUUAAUGACAGUUCAAUGAUUAUCAGCGCUUUAUAUUCCUACUUGUUGGCAAACAAUGGGCAAGAAUCUUCCAUGGCUGAUACAGAACAUACUCUGCUGAGCAUUGUAAAAUACUAUCCAACACUAAAAUACAAUGAUGACACGGGGAAAGAACAAAGCGAUAUUAUGAACAAGUAUUUCUUGAUGAUGGCGGAAUCAAAUAUGGGUGGAAGGAGGAAAGAAGAUAUUGUGGAUGAGCGAAAAUGGAGAAAGUGGACGGACGAAGUAUAUGUGCAUACCUUGUCCCCGAAUAUUUACCAAAGCUUCACAGAGUCUCUGGACUCCUUUAAAUAUUUUGACAAGGUUGGAGAAUGGGAAAAAAAUUUCACCACAUUCGAAAGAUCAGUGAUAAUAUAUCUCGGAGCUUCUGCUAUGUGGAUCAUUGGAAAACGACUCAAGAAGCGUCAUCACCUGAAAAAUGAUGUUCGACAAUCUCUUUAUGACGAGAGUGAUUACUGGAUGACCAACAUAAAAAAGAAAGGGGGACAAUUCAUGGGAGGUCAGAAUCCAAAUCUUUCAGAUUUGGCUGUAUAUGGUGUUCUCAGUGCCAUCGAAGGAUGUCAAGCGUUUAAAGAUUUGACUAGUCACUCAAAACCUUUACAAAAAUGGUAUUUCGGUGUAAAAUCUCAUCUAAAGACCACGCAGUGAUAAGAAGCCAAUGCAUAAGUUGUAGCGUCUCAAGUAGUUAAUUUAUACAUUGUAAUGAUGACUAAAAUGAACACACCGAAACCUAAUAAAUAAUACGACUAUAUAGACAA